AUGCCUGACAGCCCUGCACAAAUGAAACCGCCCGCAGGCCAUUUUUAUCUGGCUGGGCGAUUGUUUCCCCGGAAGAAAUGGUGGAGAGAUAAGAACAUGCGCACUUUAUAUUUCUUCAUCCUCGUUCUGAUCUUCACAAACACUGCGAAUGGAUUCGAUAACUCUAUGAUGAAUGGUCUCCAGGCCAUAACCUACUGGCAGGAUUACUUCGGACACCCUCGCGGCUCGACUCUCGGCCUUUUCAACUGCGUCAUGAGUGCAGGUGCUCUAAGCGGCUUGAUUCCCAUGCCAUUCAUUCUAGAUCGCCUGGGACGAAAACCUUGUUUAGUAAUAGGGGCCUUCUUUAUGUUACUGGGUAUUGCAUUGCAGUCGGCUGCGGUCAACUUUGCCAUGUUCAUCGCGGCGAGAUGGAUCCUGGGCUUUGGUGAUAUUCUGGUGAUCUGUACCGCGCCGCUGUUAAUUGCAGAGAUUGCUCCUGUUCAAGAUCGUGCGAUUCUCGUGACUAUCGCGGGCGCAAACUACCAAUCCGGGGCAUUCAUCGCGGCUUGGGCCACAUACGGCACUCUGCAGAUUCAGAGUAACUGGGCUUGGAGAGCUCCCAGUCUUAUUCAAGGUCUCUUCACCAUACUUAUGAUCGCCGUUGUGCCAUGGAUCCCUGAGAGUCCUCGGUUCUACAUAGCCAAAGAUCAACCGGAGAAGGCCUUGAAAAUCCUUGCACACUACCACGCAAAUGGAGACGAGCAAGAUGAAGUCGUGCAGCUCGAAUAUACCGAGAUCACCACGGCACUCGCGAUGGAAAAGAGUGCACAAAAGUCCUUUUCAUUCAUUGACUUUCUCAGAACCCCCGGCAAUCGGAAGCGAUUGGUCAUGAUUGUGUCAAUCGGUCUCUUUUCUCAAUGGUCUGGAAAUGGUCUUGUCUCAUACUAUUUAACGACAAUCAUGGACAAUAUCGGAAUCAAAGAUUCUCAGACACAGCUGGGUAUUAAUGGGGGAUUGACUACUUUCGCUCUCGUUACGAAUAUCUUCUUCAGUUUCUUCGUUGAUAAAUGGGGGCGUCGACCAAUCAACCUGAUAAGUACAAUUGGCAUGCUGAUUAGCUUCGUCAUUUGGACUAUCCUCUCCGCUAUCGAUGCUCAGCAGGGCAACGCGAAUCCGGCUUAUGGAAAGGCGGUUGUCUUCAUGAUUUUCUUCUACAACCUGUGGUAUAAUUUGAAGUCUGGUUUGAUUGCUAGCUAUACAACAGAGAUUCUACCUUACCAUAUGCGUGCAAAAGGUUACACCGUAAUGGAAUGGGCUCUUUACGGUGCGCUCUUCUUCAACCAGUUCGUCAAUGCUACUGCACUUGACAACAUUGGUUGGAAGUACUACAUCUUCUACUGUUGCUUCCUGGGCUUCGAACUCAUCAUCGUCUACUUUUUCUACGUGGAAACUCGCUACGUACCUUUGGAAGAAAUCGUCAAGUACUUUGACGGUGACGAUGUUGCGGCAGUCACAAACGAAGAGUUUGAGCAAGAUGCGAAGCGCGCAGUCAUACAUGUUGAUGAUACCAAGGCUGCAUAG